GUUGUCUGUUCUCUUUUAAACUCGAAGUCAUUACACAACUUGCACCACGAUGGUGCGUGCAUUGAAUCCGAUACGAUCUGUGAAAGCAGCCAAGGAAGCCAGAGCUGCUCUUCGAGUUAUACGUCGUGUGGCCAUUCGUACACGGGCUACACAACCACACGAACCAACUCAACACUCGGAAACCCUCGACGGGUUAGAAGCUGAGCACAUGAAGGCGCGGUUAACACGUGGUGAAGAAACCAAGAGGAGGAACGAAGAGUCUCAGAAUAUCCCACAAAGCAAGCGUCGGAAGCGGAAAGACAGCCAUGCUGAUGCUAAUGAGGCUGCCAGCUUUGAAUUUGACAAGCAAGGUAAGUGCUAAUACAAUAAGGUUUUCCUGCAGGUUUCUAAAACCUGUGUAUUUCAUUGUCUGGCAGAUUUCUUCGAUGCCAUCGACGCGCCAUUGUUUCGGGUGUGCGGAAGCUGUGGUGAACUCGGCAAUGCAAACAACUCAAAGUUGAAACUAUACGAUCCGAAAUCUAUUUUUUUUUUCUCCUCUGUGUAAUGCCGAUGGAGAGUGCGAAAUCAUUCCUGAAGGGCUUGUAGCUAGUGAAGACAAGACAAUGAUAUGGCUAUGUGACAGAUGUAACAGAUCUCUGUUGGCACGGAAAACACCCAAAUUUUGCCGAAGUAGUGGCUUUAGAAUAAGAGCUGUUCCAACUGAACUGGCUGAAUUGAAUCGAAUGGAGUCAAGGCUAAUUGGCCUUGGCAUUUCUUUCACUACGUGUGUAAAUCAAUACAGAGAUGGCCAGGAAUUUACUCGCGGAAAUGCCGUUAACUAUUGGAACG